UCCCACAGACGCCGGCGCUUCCUUCCCUCCCUCCCUCCUGCCCCUCUCCUUGGACUUUUCCCUUUCCCUCACCGCUCCUUUCUUCUGGACGCCACUUGCCUCCUCUGCUCUUGAGCUUGCCUCCUCCUUUCCUCCUCCUGAGCCUCUCUCUCCUCGCCCCCUUCUCUCGGGGUCACUCCGCCUCCUACUUGUGUGCGUCUGCAAACUUUUGAACCGAGCAUUGCCCUCGGCAAACAAGUCCCCCUGCCCGGUCCUCCGCCGUCGCCUCGGACACCAGCGCCAGCUGGGGAUGCCUCUCGGGUGGUGACUCUAGCGCAGCAACUUGGAGAAGCCCUGUGCCCGGCGUCCUACCUGGCAGCAAACCCUUUCCUCGCCGCGAACGACCAUGUGUAGCAGAGCCAGCCUGGCCUUGUUGGUCUACGGCAUCCUUAUGCACAGCAGCGUCUACGGCUCACCUGCCGCCGCCGGACUGCGGUUCCCGGGGAUCAGGCCGGAGGAGGAGGUGUAUGACGAGGACGGAAACCAGAUCCCGGACUUCUACCGCAACGGCGCAGACUGGGAGCCGCUCUCCAAGCGCCACUCCGACGGAAUCUUCACCGACAGCUACAGCCGCUACCGGAAACAAAUGGCUGUCAAGAAAUACUUGGCGGCUGUCCUUGGGAAAAGGUAUAAACAAAGGGUUAAAAACAAAGGACGCCGAAUAGCCUAUUUGUAGCGAUGUGUUCCUAGCUACCCUGUGUAUACAACCCUAACUAACACUAAAUGAAAAGUCAUUUUCAAAAGUGACUGAACAGUCAUCGCUCAUGUGUUCUAUCCAAACAUGUAUUUAUGUAUGAAGUAAAGCCAUUAAAUGAAUAUUUUGAUAAUAAUAUUGUUUUUCUUUUGUACAAAGCACUAGAGAAUGCACAGAUAUACUUUGUGGACCAAUUAUUGAUAUAUUAUAAAUAUAUAUAUUAUGGAUAGAUAUAAUAGCGAGCAAUUCAUAAAAAGCGUGCACAAGGAUUGAAAAUUUGCUUGAGCUGUUUAUGUUUUUAUAUAAAAUAAAUAGAAAAAUAGACAAUCAUUGUUUUGAAUAUUACUCCUAUUUUUGUAAACUGGAACUAAAAGGAAAGUAUUUUUAUCCACGACAGGCGUGAAGAUAUUAAUACUGACCAUUUGUUACUGUACAUAAAAUAAACAAUGAUGUCCUGCUCCAGGAAGAUGGUGAGGUAAGGAUUUGGGAGAAUUGCUGCAAGGCAUUCUUUCCUGUAAGUCCCUGGGGCAGGCUGCUUCAAACCCAGCCUAAUUCCACCAGGCACUACCCCCCUUGCUGGGUGGUGAUUCCAAUAUUUCUGCUUUCUUUGAUUCCACUUUUAGGCAUAUUUGCCUUUCUUCAGACUCUCCUAAUCAAACAACAGCUCGAUCCAAAUUAUGCUUCACCCCAGAAUUCACGCCACUUCCUAGGGGAAGAGUUGGGGAAUUACACAGAGUAAGGAGGCUUGGGUUUGAAGCCCCCUUUUCUGUACUCCCUGAUUUGUCAGGGAACCAAAUAUCCCAAGGUUAGGCCAAUUGGACAAAGUGAAGGAAAUAUGGAAGAGGUAGAGCUUUAGAUAAAUAGAAGGAAGACCCCAGGGAGGGACUCAUUUGUGGCUGCCCUGGUCUGGGAAGCCAAGUCCCACUGCAGGUCUAGGACUUAACUGACUUUGAGUGCUGGGUAUUGGAAAUGGAUGCAAAGUACAAUGUGUUUUUCUCCAGUGCUGUUCAUGCUUCUCAUCUUGUGAAAUGGCCAGGAUCCUUCCCUUGAGCCCUGCCUCUUAGGAGUGAUCCCUUUCCCUUGCAAUCUUCUGGAAACCCUUUCCUUCCCUACUUCCCACACUGUUUAAGCACCCUUUUGCAUUUUUCAUCUCUGAAACUUGUGAAUGCUUCUCUCGUUCUCUCUGUUCCGUUUGUUCUGUUGGAUGCAAGUAACUAUUGUAAAGCUUAGGAACUCCUGUAUAGUCCACCAACCUUUGGGUUAGCAGUCAAGCGCUUAACCACUGCGCCACCAGGCCUCCUUCCUGUGUCGUUACCACUAAGUAAUUAUGCACUAAAUAUGAACCCUUUGUUUCUUGUUUAUUGAGUUUGUAGGUAAAAUGUAUUUUUCUACAUUAUGGCUUAUUGCAUAGUAAAAUUUAUUUCGUAAAACCAAUCUUUGUCACAUUAUAAUGUGUAGUGUGCACAUGUUGCUGAGUUUUACUAACUGAUAAAUUAUUGAAACUUCAUCUUCAUAUGUAUGACUACUAUCUUAUAUUUGUGGUCAAGAGUGAGGUAAGCAAGCUCCAACAACCCCCUGAGAACCUUCCCUGAUAUCCUUUCUUGGCUAAAGAAACCAUGCCUUUCUGUUCCCUGUCAAUUCCUUCGACACAGAGUAAUCUCUAGAAACAAAGAACCUUCACCCAGCAACCAGAUCAAGCAACCGCAGACAAAUCAACCCGCCACUCUCUCAAAUCACAGGCACUCUUUUUCUUCUGGGUAAAAAAGAGAAAUAAAAAGACAAAGAACAAGAAAAAGAGUAAAAUUAGCUUGUAAAGUUUAAAGGACCCUUCCUUUCCCCUUUAUGGAUUUGAUCAGUAUGAAGUCAUAAAUCAAAGAAACCGGAAUUGGAUUUGCAUUCCCAGGCGGGUUGGAGGCUGCCAGGAGAUCACAUUGCAAACAGUCAGAACACAGAGGCAUUCGAUCCAUGCCUGAGUCCUGUGCACGGAUGGGAUCAAUCUUUCUUUAAUUCUGCAGUCUCCUCAGGCAAUGUGACGUUACGUGGGAUGCAGUUUGCAGCUUUAGUGCCUUUCUUCGCCUUUUAAAUCGCCACGACUCACAGAUGGCUAUUUAGUGGCCCUACAAUGCUGCAACACAUCAGCUUGCAUUUUAGUCUUAAUUAUUUGUUUCUUGGAUAAUAGGCAGAGUUUCUGUAUUUGUGUCAGUUGUUAGUGGUGAAAUAGGACUCUAGUUAACCUUUUAUUUAUGAAGUCUAAUUUAGUGUGCCCGUGGCUAGUUGCAAGCAUUUUACAGUGAUCACCCAGUUUAAUCUUUUGUAUAUCUUUUAGAAAUGCCAAGAGCCUUACUAAAUUGGAGCAGAUUUAUGAUAUAGUGAUAAUUUAGGUAGAUGUUAGUCUUGAAGCUCUUAUUUUGUGUGCAACUGAUAAUAAAACCAUCUUAACCAAGUAUUAUUACACACAUGAUAUCUAUAACUAGGUCUUUGAUAACUGUUAUAUAAAGUGUGUAACAUUUGUAUAAAUAAAUUUUUGUAAACAAUG